AUGGCUAAAGCGUCGAAACAGCCGGUAACGCAAGGCUCGCAAGACUGGAGCAGUCGACCGGACCAGCUACCUCCAAAGAACUGGAAAUUCGAACAUCCCAAUCAAUCACAGGACGACCGAAACAAACCGAUCCACGCUGGCUACUCAAUACGGCAGGUCCGUUUUUGUAAAUAUUCGGUGUUUUCCCGCGAGUUUCUGUACUCGAUCGUUCUGACGAAUGUAUUAUCGCUGCUGCUUGGUGCGGGCAUUGGCGCCUGGCUGCAGAAACGGGGCCUACAGCUGACCCGCGUUUCAAUUGAGUAG